AUGAGCGACGACGAGGAAGGCGACUAUGACACCAUCACCCACACCGAAACCGGUCGCGGCGUCAAGCUGCUCUUCUCCAAAUCCAAGGUCUACAUUCACCCAACCCCUUCCGCCCGCGACAACAUCGCCGGCUACAUCGCCCUACUCCAACAGAAACACCCCCAGGGCACGUCGUCCUCUUCCGCCGCUACCACCACCGAGACCAGCAAUGACCAACAGCAGCGCCCAACCUCCUCCUCCUCCUCCGCCGCCAACCCCCGCCCAGCAUCCUCCGACCUCCUCCUAGCCUGGCUCCCGGAAUCCGCCCUCGGCGACGCCGCCUCCAUCUACGUGAAAGUCGACCUCUGCGACACCGACUCCCCGCCCAAGCAAUCCUACCUCGUCCCCCCGCCACCCACCAUCACCACCCACCCGGCCACGGGGGUCGGCCACUACGCCUUCGCCGUGCCCGUCUCCGCCGUCUACUCGCUGCUGGUGCGCCCGCCCAGCGUCGGCUGGUGGUACGGCAGCGUGAUCCUCAACUCCCGCGCGGGGGAUAGUUUCCCGCCGCUGUUCUUUCACGAUAAUGAGUGCCAGAGCACCCUGCUGCAGAAGCGCCGCCGUGCGCGCGAUGCGUUUGAUCCGUUUGGGGAUGCGGGGGAGAUGUUCUGGGGUGGGGAUGAGGUGCUGCGCUGGCUGAAGCGUUACGUGCCGGUGGAGCGCAGCGUGGCGGAGCCGAAUGUGUAUCUGGUCGAGCCGAGUGAGGAGGAUAGUCUCGCGUUUGGGGGCAAGGGGCCCGGGAAUGUGAGGACGGUUGUUGGGGGUGGUGGUGAUGGGAGGGGGGUUGGUGUGCCUGGGGCGUCGAGGGGUGCUGCCGCGGCGGGAGGUGCGGGGAGUAGGGACGGUGGGAUGGAUCCGUUUAUGAAGUUUGUCAAGGAGACCGGGUGGAACAUCAUGGAGAAGUUCAGCAAGGUCACCACGUUUACGCGCCAGACCGCACAGGACGUGCUGGAUAACCCGCGCGUGCCGCCGCAGGUCAGGAGGCUGCUGCGGAACGCCGAGGUGCAGACCCUGCAGGAGGAGUUCGACAGUGCGCGCAUCUAUCUCGCGCGGUGGGCUAUGGGUAUCGCCGAGCAGAGCGAGCGCGAUCGGAACCAGAGGAUAUGGACCGCCCGGGAGGUUAUGGAGUUGGAGGACACCGACGUGGGCGAGUUUGAGCUGCUCGACAGCACGAGCAGCCUGACGCUGGAGCAGAUGAGGAAGCCGGUGACGCUCAAGGAGUGGAAGAGCUUCUUCGACCCGCGGACGGGGCGUUUGUCGGUGACGGUGGACGAGGUCAAGGAGCGCGUGUUCCACGGCGGCCUCGACGCGGAGGACGGUGUCCGCAAGGAGGCCUGGGUGUUCCUGCUGGGGGUGUACGAGUGGUACAGCACGGCCGACGAGCGGAGGGCCCAGGCUGCGUCGCUCCGGGAUGCCUACAUCAAGCUCAAGGGCGCCUGGUGGGAGCGCCAGAUCGACAAGGGCGGCGAGGGUGAGGAGGGCGAGUGGUGGCGGGAACAACGGGGACGUAUCGAAAAAGAUGUCCAUCGCACCGAUCGCAACGUCCCCAUCUUUGCCGGCGAAGACAUUCCCCAUCCGGACCCCGACUCGCCGUUCUCCACUGUCGGCACCAACGUGCACUUAGAGCAACUCAAGGAUAUGCUGCUGACCUACAACGAAUUCAACCGCGACCUGGGCUACGUGCAGGGCAUGUCAGACCUGCUCGCCCCCAUCUACGCCGUCCUGCAGGAUGACGCCCUGGCCUUCUGGGGCUUCAAGUGCUUCAUGGACCGCAUGGAGCGCAACUUCCUGCGCGACCAGUCCGGCAUGCGCGCGCAGCUGCGCACGCUCGACCACCUCGUGCAGUUCAUGGACCCCAAGCUGUACGCGCACCUCGAGUCGGCCGACAGCACCAACUUCUUCUUCUUCUUCCGCAUGCUGCUCGUGUGGUACAAGCGCGAGUUCGACUGGCCCGACGUCCUGCACCUGUGGGAGGUGCUCUGGACCGACUACCUCACCAGCAGCUUCCACCUCUUCGUCGCCCUCGCCAUCCUCGAGAAGCAUCGCGACGUCAUCAUGACCCAUCUCAAGCACUUUGACGAGGUCUUGAAAUACAUCAACGAGCUCUCGUGCACCAUCGACCUCGACUCCACCCUCAUCCGCGCCGAGGCCCUCUACAAGCGCUUCCACCGCUUCGUCGACGCCGUCGACAAGAAGGGGAGCUUCCCCGCGCCCAGGCCACGCAUCCCCGAGCAGGCGCCUGAGCCCGGCCCGUCUGCUGAUACUACUACUGCUGCUGCUGCGCCGGCCCAGGGGACCGGUGGCGGCGCUGCUGGUGGCAGUGGUGGUAAAAACACGGGGAAGGCGCCCGCGCAGCCGCAGAAGCAGCAGAAGCAGCAGCCGGAAAAGGAGAAAGUGCUUACUCCUGAGCUGAGGACGUUGCUGAGCCGGCAGGUGGAGGUGCUGCCGCGGAAGGAGGUGGCGAAGAAGGGGGAUGGGUUGGCAGGGGUUGGGGGGAAGUGA